AUGUUCUCCGGCUUCAUCUACCUUCUCCUGGCCCUCUCCCAGAUUCCCCCACUUUUUGGUGAGGUUAUCGAUGUGGACCGCUUCUUCCUGUCGUUGCCCUUCCAGAUGGCCCCCGAUCAGCAUUCACAAUAUUUUAUUCGGAUAGCAUUAAAAUGGACGAACCCAGAGGACAAGAGUUGCAUCGGGCAGCAGCAGAGUUUUGUGCAUGCGACAUGCCGACCCCCGGGUCCCUGUGCUACACAGAUGAAGUUUGAAAUUGGCUACGGGGCCGACCCGCCUCAUCUCGUCGUUAACGACCGGUUUUUGAUCAACAAUGGCCCCAGCUCCCAAAAGGUCCCACUCGGCCUCGGCCGUUCCGAUUCCUUCCAAAUACAAUACAAUCGACGAGGAGCGGGCGAGCGUAUCUUCUAUUCAUUCAAUGGCCAUCCGCUCAAUACCAUGGAUCCCGUUGAAGAAAAUUUCGUCGCCUUUGCCCAGGCGCAGCCGAAGUUUGACGAUUGGGAAAGCGUCAAGCUUACGAUGGGCAUCUCGAACUACGUGCAGCUGAACAACAACUGGCAACCGGAAGACGAGGUCCGGGUCAGCAUCUACCGAGAAGCGCCGCCCAAAAUGGACCAGGGGUUCGGCGUCGUGCUGGCGACGCUGGAGAACCGGGUUUUUGGCCGCCAACUCUCACCAGCAUCCCGCUCUAGCAAAAACCCGCGGCAUAUGGCUUAUCAAUUUGAAGACGAGGAUGAACCCCUGCUAAAGGCCACUAUUGCCAACGAGGAGACGCAAAAUCUGCAAUGGGCCCUCGACAGUGCACGGCUACAUAGUAAAGAGUGCGAGACGCAAAAGCUGGAAUGUCUUGGCCCAAGGGCCCACUCGGCGGCCUGUAGCCGAUCUCAACCGGCUCCUCGUCUCCUCUUUGUUGGCACCUAUCUACCCAACCCUGACGAUCCCCGAAAUGCGGCCGCCUUCUCGGUGCGCUACCAUUUACACAGCACGACGCGCGGCCCGGCGAGCGCGUCGCCGCUGGUCCGCUACCCGCUCACCUGGACGCCGCGCGAGGUCGACGCUUAUGGCCGUAGCCCU